GAAAGCACCUACGAAAGUCCACUUUCACAAAGCUUUUUAAUGCGACGCAGGAUCAAACAGCCUUUUUAAAUCGAACUUCUGUUUUAAAAAAUAUUAAUUGAGAUUUAGUAAUUUAAUAAAAUAAACUUGACAUGGAACAGAAACCACUCUCAGCUGGAUUAUAAUGUGAUGACAGUUGUGCACAAGCCGCAGAUUUCUGCUGACUGAAAGGGCAAAGACAGAAGACCUGUGCCUUUCCUUAACUGCCAGCAUUGGAGUUAAAAGAGACUCUGUGAAGUUCUCAAUGCAAAACUGCAGACUGCAGAAGUAAUAAGGAACGUGACAGGGGCCUUCAAAACUUUUCUUGAAUUAUAUUUGCUGUGGAUAUAUUCUACCACCAAUGUCAGUGUGAGGGCACCAGACAUUUAAAGAUGAACCCUUAUGUCAACUCUAACUUUAGAAAGGACCUCUUUCCUCACUUUCAUCUGUUGAUUCCCUUUUGAGAGUUAUUUUCUCUCUUUCCAUCCUUUGCAUCUGUUCAUUUGAAAGUGGGCUUUUCCCAGUACAAACCACUUGUGCUGUGGCAAGAGACCAUUUCUAAAGAUUUUCUUUUGUUUAAACAUUCAGUAAGAUUUGAACUGCAGGUUUCCCAAAGGAGAUAUAUGAAAAGGUAACACCAUAUAUAUGGACUGAGCUGUAGUUUCCUCUAUCCAAUUACUGUAUUUUAAUCCUGAUAUAAUCCUAUCAAAUGCAUACAUGAAAAGUUUAAUAUCGCAUAAAGUUCUUCUUGAGUACAGUAGAGAAUAUAAAUACUGUUUAAAAAUGCUGUUUAUAAAUCUGUAAAGUUAAUGAUUUGCUUACAUUUGUCUCUGGCCUAAUAUUCACUUUUAGGGAUAUUUCAGAUUUUUUUUAUUUAUUUAUUUUUAUUUUUUGACAUCCAAACUGAACUUGGAUUUGAGGAAAAUCUUGAAUGUCAUCGAGACAGCCAAUGAAAAGCAUCACCAUGGUUCUGUUUUCUUAAGAUCAAGGCUCAUCUAAAGGUCAUAAUUCAACCUCACUCUAAACCUCUUCCAACAGUAAAGUAUGCACUUUCUUUCUUCAUUAAUAAUGUGGCAGUAAUUUGGUUAUAACAGACAUUGUACAAUCAGCACUUCAAUCAGAAGUGCUUUCUAAAGUUAAGUGACCAUUUUUUUGGAGAGCUGGGCCCAUUCUGUGAGACUGGGAAAUUUGUUGAAACUACGUGAACGAGGACAGUAAACCAUUGGAUAUUAAAACAACUCUGUGACCAAAUGUCACUUGAGACUGCUUGAAUUGUUUUCUAAGCGUGUUAAUGGAUCAUAUGAUUAUCGGAAAUUGACCUGUCUUGUGUUUUAGGGUUUUAUUUGCUCUAUAAUGAAGCCAAAUCCAUACCUCAAAAUUCACAGUAAAAAUUGUGGAGAUUCUAAAAUGUUGACACAUAUGAAAGGUUUUCAUAUUAACUGCAUGUCUCUCUUGUCUUUUAAACAUCCCUCCAUUUAAAUAAGGAAAUGUGAAGAGGUCCUAGAGGGCAAAAUUGGUCUGUAUAUGCAUGCUGUUAUUUUAAUUUGUUUCAAAAUUUGCUAUAGUUUUUCUAUAUGUAAUAGACUAUUUUGCAUGUCAAUCAUUUGCUCUUGUCAGUUACUUUGACUUUCCCUACAUGUUCUAAAGCUUUAGACUAAGCUUGUUUAUGUUUUUCCUUUAUGUUGUAUAUUUCCUUUUAGUCUUCAGCUCAACUCUACCCCUGCAUUCUUGACUCCCUGCUCUGCCUAAGCUUUGCCUUGUUUAUUUGUGCCUUUUGUUUGUGCUUACUUUCUUAAUUAUUUGAUGUAUGUUACACAUAGGCAUAAAACAGCACCUUCCGUUUUUGUUUGUUUGUUUUUUUUUUUUUUUGUAAAUCUGACACCACUACAUCAUUCUGACCUUAUCAAAACUGUUGGUAAAGCUGAGAAACUGCAUUGACACUGAUGAUGAUCAUUCUUUUUUUCUUCGUUUAAUGCAUCUAACAAUUCCAGAACUUUACGUUUAGUAACAACUGGUUAAUCUUAUUGAGAUUUUGAUAGUUAUCUAUCAAGUAGAGACACUACUUGAAUCUUCAAAAGAGGGACCGUAAUCAUCAUUGCUACUCAACAGAUGAUGUCAGAGAUGAUCUCUAAUGCGACUGUGUUCCGUCUCUGGGCAAUGAUUGGCUGUCGGGAUUUAAAUGACAAACAGGACUAUAUCAGGCCAUAAGGCUUGCUGCGGAACAGAAGUUACGACUCAUAUUUUGCAUAUAUCACUGUGAGCAUUCUCACAAAAGCAUAUUUUCAUAAUACAGAUUUUGUAUCAUUUCUACACUGGAUUUAUCAGCAAAAUCUUGAACUGAGCUCUUUUUGACAACAACUCUAAGAAGUGUUUGCAUUUUUUCCAAACACUUAAACGCAACUCACCUUUUUAGACAAUUUUAGCAUCACACAGCUGCUUAGUUGCCAAACACACCAGCAGUUAUGGGCGCUGCUCGGGUAAAGCGACGCUUCAGUGCAGUCGUGGACCCCCUGGAUGAGGAGGAAGUCAUGAGGCUGGCCCAAAGUGAUGACGUUACUUCCUCCCUCUCAGGUGCGCUUCCCUCCCCCAACUCUAAUGGCAAAGUGCUUAACCUACACCAUAGCAAUGGAGGAAGGAGUGGAGGGAGGGAUGAGGAAGAUGAUGAGGAUGAUGAAGAAAGGGGAGGAAGAAGGGGUGGAGGAGGAGGAGGGCGUGGCUCAAUGCUCAGGGGUGAGGCUGGGGAAGAAGAGAGGUGGGAGAGGAACAAGAGAUCAUCCUCACCUCCGCUCUCACCCUUGCCACCCCGUGAUCACCGCGGCCAGUGCUGCCGGCCCCGACGGCGCUUUGUAGGCAAGGAUGGGCGCUGCAACAUCACCUUUGUCAACAUGAGCGACAGGGGCCAGCGCUACCUCACCGACCUCUUCACCACCUGUGUGGACAUCCGCUGGCGCUGGAUGCUCGUGGUCUUCACCCUCUCCUUCUUGCUCUCCUGGCUUCUCUUUGGCUUCACUUUCUGGCUCAUCGCCGCUGCUCAUGGGGAUCUGGCUCUCCUACCAUCAUCCUCUUCCCCUUUAUCUAAUCCUUCUUCUCUGGCUCCUAUCGAACCUGCAGAGGAUUUUGGCUCAGUGCAGACUGUAGUGGAGACAGAGGAACGCUGCUUUCAGCAGGUGAACAGCUUCAUGGCAGCCUUCCUCUUCUCUCUGGAAACGCAGACGUCUAUAGGCUAUGGCUUCCGGAGCGUUACCGAAGCCUGCCCCCUGGCGGUGUUGGCUGUCGUCUUGCAGUGCAUUGUGGGCUGCAUCAUCGACGCUUUCAUCAUCGGGGCGGUAAUGGCUAAGAUCGCCAAGCCCAAGAAGCGCAAUGAGACACUGGUGUUCUCCGAUGUGGCCGUAGUGGCCAUGAGGGACGGGAAACUCUGCAUGAUGUGGCGAGUGGGAAACCUGCGCAAGAGCCACCUGGUGGAGGCCCAUGUACGAGCACAGCUACUGAAGCCACGGGUGACCCCUGAGGGGGAGUUCCUGCCACUGGACAACGUGGACAUCAAUGUCGGCUUUGACACAGGAACAGAUCGUAUCUUCUUGGUGUCACCUGUGACCAUUGUGCACGAGAUCGAUGAGGAGAGUCCGUUCUUCGAGAUGGACAGAUGCACACUAGAGAGAGACAAAGAGCUGGAGGUGGUGGUGAUUCUGGAGGGCAUGGUGGAGGCUACUGCCAUGACAACCCAAUGCCGUUCUUCAUACCUGACCUCUGAGAUCGUCUGGGGUCACCGAUUUGAGCCUGUGCUCUUUGAAAGGAAGAAUUGCUACCAGGUGGACUACUCCUACUUCAACAGAACAUAUGAGGUCACGGACACACCCACUUGCAGUGCUAAGGAGUUAGCAGAGAAAAAGUACAUCCAGGGGUCCCGUUCCUCAUUUUGUUAUGAGAAUGAGGUGGCUCUGCAGCUCUCCUCCUCUGUCCCUCCCUGCCCUGACCAAUUCUCUCCAUCCCCCUCUUCUUGCCCCUCUCCCUCACCCUCUUUUGUAUGCCCCACACCUCCGCCCCGAUGGGAGUCCUGUAGUUAGCACCCGCAUAUACACUGUGCCAUGCAGCUGGCAUGAAAGGGCAUGGGUAGCACAGUGAUCAAAGAAAGAGAUAGAGAAAACAGAAUGGAAAGGGGUCAGGAUAGAGGUAGGAGUUAGUACUGGGGGUAGGGAGAGAGAAAGAAGGAGGGAAUAGACAAAGAGCUGAAAAGACAGACUUGGACAAGGGACUAGGGUAAAGAGGACCAUAAAGGGGCAAUUGAAAGACAUUGGGGUGAUUUAUGAUAACAGGUCAUGCUUAAAAUACAGUAUACUGAGAAAAGACAGAAAGCACAAAAGAUGGAGAAUUGGCAAGGGAGAAUCACAGAGAACCAAAAAGCAAGACAGUGAGACAGAGGGGCAAAUUCACGAAACAGUUGGGCCACUUGUGUAUGCGGUAUUUUGGCACAGUCACUAACUUAUGCACUAACCACCAGUUAUACAGCUUAACCAGGUCUUCUGUAGUUUGCUGCAUCAUCGACAACUUAGCACCAAGAACCGGCCUGCAAGCAGGUGAAUUGCAUCAUGCAAAUAGCUUAAGGCGCUAUUUUUUUGGCCAUAUCUGCGCCGUUAACUGAUUUGCAAAAUUCCUUUAGCGAAUCGGGUUCUAAAACAACACAGACAGGGCUUGUCUCAGCGAACACAAUUCAUUCUUAAAAAGAAACUUUUGUGGAGAAGGACCUGUGUAGAUGAGGGCAAACAGGAGGUAAAGAAACUCUUAGGAAGCAAACAUUUGAGUUGUUGAAGUUUGAGUCAGAGUGCAGACUGAAUUAGACAUUGGGGAGAGAAUCGAACAGAGGGAUUGAGAGAAAAGGUCAUUUUGCAAAAGGAGGGCUGCAACACCAAUCCAGUGGGCUGAUUGGACCUGGCAAUCUUUUUGAAUCAUCACUGAUCUGCAGUCGCUCCAGCAUGUACCUGACAGAGACACAACAGUGGCCCCUAGUGGCUGUAACAAGUAUGAGCAUUUUCAGACUUAAGAAUUUAGAGAAUGUAGAAAGAAACAACUAUUAAACAUAACAUCCAAUAGCAAUAUCAUGCACAAAUAAUAAUUGUCAUCAGUGAUCAUGAAUCUCCUCUCUGACAAAAUCGGAUUACUUGUUGCAAGAAUGUUUGUGUCUUGAAUUGAAUGCUGGUGUACCUGCUAGAGUCACUGCAAAACAAGAAACUACUGAAAAGCUGCAGCAUUUUCAAGUUGUUUCUCUCAUGUACUGUAUUUUUUUAAAUGAUCUAUUUAUUCAAGUCAGACCACUGUUUUGUAUCAUGGUACACACAGUACAAAGUCAGGUGGCCACAGAUUGUGUAAAGCACUUUUAAUGUAACUUGUAACAAUGUAACAUACCACAUUUGCCACAAUUGCACAGACCAAAAAUGUAUUACUUUGUUUUUAGUUGUAUGUAUGGAAAACUACAUUGUAUUAAGAAUACAUUUCUUCUUCUUUUUUUUUUUUUCUUUUUUUUUUUUUAAGGGUGUGGCUUGAAAGUAAGAGAAAGUACUGUCUGUUCUGGCUGAUUUGACUCAUUGGGCAGCAUAUCUGCCAGGAUCUGUCAUCAGCACUAUUGGGAUUUUAGACUUUCAUGUUUUGUUUUCCUUCAGUGUUUCAUCACUGUGUUAAAAGCUUGUAGUAGGAUCUAUGGUAACUGAUUUAUUUACACUGUAGUGUACACCCUUGACUGGGGCAUCUGUUUUUAUGUCUUUCCUUCACAACCACACAAACAUCCCAACCUACAACAUGUUGCUGGACAGGUUUUUUUGUGUGCCUUUGAAAGUGAGCCUGCUUGUUUUGAGGUUUUUGGGUGUAAUGGGGAAAUUUAGGAUGGUGACAUGAUACUGAUGUUAAAGGAAUAGUUCACCCUAAAAUUAAAAUUCUGUCAUCAUUUACUCAACUUAAUGUUGUUCAAAACCCAUAUGACUUUCUUUAUUCCAUGGAACACAAAAGAUGUUAUGCAGCAUGACAGCCUCAGUCACCAUUCACUUUAAUUGGAUCUUUUUUUGCUCUCCAUACAAUGAAUUGGUGUCUGAAGCGUUCAUUCCGUCUAACAUUUUCUUUUGAGUUCCAUGUAUUAAAGAAAGUCAUACGGGUUUUGAACAACAUUAAGUUGAGUAAAUUAUGACAGAAUUGUUAUUAUUUUCAGGUGAACUGUCCCUUUAAGGUAGUGAAAACUGAUGACAUGUAGGCUCCUGAUUCUGUGUUUAUUUUGACAGAAGAACACCUGUAAUGUACUGCAGUUAUGUUUCAAUAUUUGCAUGGCAUUAGCAUUUUUUAGCUCAGUGGUGGAUAUAUAACCAAAUUAAUAUGCAUAUUCUGAAUGGGCAGAAGAUAAAUCAUGUUCUGUAACAGUUAAAGAUUGUAUAAAACUUUCCUAUCUUGGUGUGGACUAAAAUAACGAUGCACUGGAUUGAACCCUAUUCAAAUAUUGCAGUAUAAAUUUAAGGCUACAUACUGUAUAGUUGUUACUAUAAUAGGAAAAUCUUAGAUAUGUAGCCCUGAGCUUUAUUUGAAUAAAUAGUUAUUGUUUUAAUUGAUCCACUUAGACUAAUUUGCUGUUGACAUCUAUUUUAUUAAUGUGUCUUUGUGUGUGUGUGUGCGUGCGUGCGUGCGUGCGUGCGUGCGUGCAUGUGUGUGUGUUUGGGUGGUUUACGAGAAAAAACAUUUAGGUUACAAACUGGUAAUUACAAGGGUAUUAUGCUAUAAAUGUGGUUUAUGAGGACAUUUCUAGUGUCCCCAAAAUUCAGAUCGCUUAAAAAAACAUACUAAACUAUGUUUUAUUGAAAAUGUAAAAAUGCAGAAGGUUUUUUUGUGAGGGUUAGGUUUAGGGGUAGGGUUAGGGGAUAGAAUCUAUCGUUCGUACAGUAUAAAAAUCAUUAUGUCUAUGGAGAGUCCUCAUAAUGAUAGCCGCACCAACGUGUGUGUGUGUGUGUGUGUGUGUGUGUGUGUGUGUGUGUGUGUGUGUGUGUGUGCGUGUGUGUAUUUGUGUGUUUUUCUGGUUACCCCAGUUUGGCAUCUCUGCCAUAACUCCACCUCAGUCUCUUGCACUUUGACCUCAAUUCUAUUUUUUAAACAAUUAAGAAAAAACAUUACCCAGACUAAUUAUAAGAUGCCUGAGAUCACCAUGGCAUCCAGUGGCUCAUGUUGUAUUUUUGUUUUCUUUUAUAAAUGCAAUGAAGUUAUUGGUCAAUCAGUGUCCAGGCCUCUGUGCUGUUCCUUUGAUACCACUCACAUUACUGUGUAAAAAGAACGUGCUUCAUAAACAUUUGUAGAAUGAAUAAAAGUGUUUUCUUGACUUGUCUCCA